AUGGAAGCAGUGCCGCUAAUAAGGACAAGUAGCGUGGGCGGAUCAAAGCGGUCUCUUUUAUCCAAGAGUGGAUUCGGCCAGACUGAGAGUAAAACAGUUUUAUGGAAAACCUUUAUUGUGCGCAGUCUUUUUCUGCUGUUGACGAUCCUGUGUUCCGUCUCCGUUGGCUGGUUUUUCGCUGGUGGAAAAUUCAUCGUCGAGUUUCCACAAACUUCGCCAUUUAUCGUUUCGCGGACUAAGGAUCUCCCAUCUCCAGUUCAACUUGAAGAUGGGAAGAAAGCGCCCGAACUCGUACAAGAACAAGUGAUUCUAAAUGAGAACGAUAAAUCUGAUGGAAUCGAUUACGAUGCGACCCCAGAACACUGUGUUCGCCAAAAAGAUAGACUCUACUUUUUGAAGACUCACAAAACGGCGUCCUCUGUCAUCGAAAAUAUCCUCUACAGAUACGGUUUGCGAACGGACAAGACCUUUGCCUUUCCGUCGAAUGGGGCUCUCAUUUUUAACUACAGAAAGCCUUUUGCGAAAAAGAUGAUGCUUCCCUUGCCCGACAGAAGCCGCCCAGAUAUCCUGCAGCAGCACACAAGAUAUUCAAAGGAAGUCGCCGACCUUUUUCCAAAAUCAGAUUCUUACAGAAUAACGAUUCUCAGAGAUCCGGGAACACUCUUUCCUUCGUUGUUCAAAUACUUCCCUCGGAAUCCACCUUUCAAACAAGCCAAGACUGUGGAGAACUUUGUGUCGUCGCCUGAAAAAUAUAGUCGAGCUGGCGGCGCCGAUUUCGUGACACGGAACUCGAUGACCUUUCAAAUGGGAUUCGACAACUUUUUGAAAACGUUGCCGAGCGAUGACGAAAUGGCUGAGAUCAUUUCUGCAGUGGACAACGAAUUCGAUCUCGUCUUGCUCUCGGAGUAUUUGCCACAAUCACUCAUUUUGCUCAGACAUCUUCUGUGCAUGACGUGGAGCGACAUAGCGACCAUGUCCAAGAAUAUCUCACAGCGAAAACAUUUUGAAGAGGAUACAAAGGAAAAGAUCCGUCGGUGGCAGAAUGUGGAUACAAGAGUGUACGAAGCGGCGAACAUGACAUUUUGGAGAAAGGUGAAAGAGUUUGGCGAGGAGAAGAUGACCGCAGAGAUGGCCAUUCUCGAGAAGAUGAAUACCGAAAACGCGGAAAAGUGCGUCAAAGGAUAUCGCCCCGUCAAAGAGUUGGCCGUCGAGUUCAGGGAUUACGAGCCGCCAGGGCUUACCAUCGAGGGCAUCGAGCUGAAAGAGGGCUACACAGAUGUUUGCUACAACAUCGCGCUGUCACCUUUCUCUCUGGCUAUUGAUAUUCUUGAUAAACAAUGCCAGAGCUCCUCGUUCUUGCGGAAAUACAUGCAUAUGGAGGACAGACCCAAACGAUUUGGCACUGACUGUCAAAAUGACUGA